CAACAUCAACACCAACAACAACAUCUGUUAUUGCGUCGACCAUCACCUGAUUCACAACAUCUUCAACAACAUCUACUACAACAUCAACAACAACAACAACAUGGCUUCUCAUCACCAUCAUCACAAUAUAUGGCAUCACCAAUGAUGCCAAUGCCAAUGCCCAUGCCCAUGCCAAUGCCAAUGCCAGUGCCAAUGACAUCGACGUCGACAACAACAUCAUCGGCUGCAACUAAUAUUGUUGGCGUGGGCUUUCCCAAACUCUCCAACAAGGAGAAGCGACACGCAAAGUUGGACAGGUCCGAUCGCCACGCCGUGCUGAUCAGCUCCAAGGGCGACAGGAUCAACUUGGCCGUUCUGUUGAAGCAGCUCGAGGAGUGUGGAUCGGUGCGAGCACAUCACUUUAGAGACCGACAGAACUUUGGCUUUGUCCAAUUCCUCGACUCUGACUCUGUGGACAACGCCAUCGAGCGAUUGAGCGGACGCGAGAUCGAUGGCCAGACAUUGCUCGUCGAGAAGAUCAAGCGAAUCACACCGGGCAAGGACCCGCGCAUUGCAACUGUGGGCUCGCCACAGUGCUCCUCGUUGCCCACCCAGCUGCCGUCAAUGAUGGAGAACAAGCCCGACACGACGUUGGUGCUCAAGAACUUGCCGUUCCUACUCAAACAGGUGCAGCUACAAGAGAUACUCGAGAAGAUCAAUCCGUCUGCGCCACAAUCAGUCAACUUCCACUAUGACAGCGUGGGAGUGUUCCGUGGCAUGGCCUUUGUAAAGUAUCGCCUGCUCGAGGACGCCAUCAAAGUGUACGAGGCACUCAAUGGCGCCGAUGUGUUUGGUCGUCGCGUGCGUCUAGAGUACAAGCGCAAGGUUAGCAAGUCAAGCGAGAUCCCGCCAGAGGUGCUCGAGGAUGAGAAGUUGCGCAAGGUGUGGGACCAGCUGCGCGAGUUCAGAGAUGACGUCGCCGCUACCGAGAUCACCUUUGCCGCAUUCACUGGCGUCCAACGAAUGUACAUACACAACAUGGCCGAGAAGCUGAAGCUAACGCAUACGUCUGUGGGCGAGGAGCCCAAUCGCUCAAUCGUCAUCAAUAAGAAGCCGCUGGCCGUUGGCACACCGACAGGCGGCGACGACGCCCUCUCGGCGCACUUCCUUUCGUCGUCACCUACGCCCAUUGGUGGCAUGCACUUUGCGAUGCCCUCGUCGACCACGCCAACCAACUCUUACUCCUCGCUGUCGUCCACGCCAACCUCAUCAAUGUUUAUCAACAGCAACAGUGGCACUGGCACAAAGCCAGUCGAGUCGUCCACGCCGUCGCUGGGCAUCAUCAACGAUCCCAGGACAACGAUGGGCACGUCAUGGGAGAAGUCACCGCCAAACACCGGCCUGCUCUCAUCAUAUCCUCACCUCACUACACGUGGAUUUGGUAUCAAUCGCGAUAGAUCAUCCGAAAUAGACAUGUCAACAUCACCAAGUAACUUCAACUUCCGAAAGGAACCAAUCAGUCAUCCUCACAGUAUCAAUAUCAACAUCAACAACAAUAACAGUAGCAACAACAACAACAACAACAACAACAACUAUUAUAACACAGGUGGUGGUACACCUGUUCAAACAACAACAGCCACAACAACAAAUGUAUAA